AUGGAUCUCCAACACCGACAGGCAGGCGAUUGGAGCCAGUACUUUUCCAAUCAGCCACCAGUGGACUUCGAUACAAUCGCUAACCAUCACCUUCUCUGCAGUGAGUUGAGAGGCCGUCCUGUCCGGCUGGAGGGAAAUUCAGAUCCAUACUGCCGCUUAUGGAAGGACGUUGAGCAAGCAAGAGUCAGGAGUUGUAACAAUCGGUCAUUUGCCAUGGACGCUAGAAUAAGACUCAAUAAUUUGAAGUCAGGGUGUAAUUCCCCUUUGCCUUGGUGUGCCACGGAAGGGAUGUACAACUAUAACUGUCAAAAAGACUGCUGGGACAGGGAAGAGUCACGCGAGGAAGAGUCUGCUUUGGACUCGGUGGAGCUCCUCGAUGUAGAGGACGAGGUGCAGGAUGAAGAGAGCUGUAUUCCUCACAGGUUGUACGAGUCUUCGAAGCGGCAGGAGUUUGUGGAGAGAAGUGGGUCUGCUCUCAGAUGGUGUCGACACGUCCUGGAUGACCCCAGUCCUGAGAUGAAGGCGGCAUGUCGCUCACUUAUAAAUAGACUGGAUCAAAGAUCACGCUGUCCUUUCUGCAGAGGUCCUGCAGGUUUACAUCACAAUGUGGGCUCCUUCACGGACAGAACCUCCGUCAGCACCACACACAAUACCUCUGACAGUCCAGGCUACAGACUGCAGGACAUCGCGGAUGUGCACUUUAUGGCUCGUAUACAGGAAGCCAGUUUAAGGCAGGACUAUGUUACAACGCCUGCCAGGAGAAGCCCUGAGUCCUCACCCGGUCUAUCGUCACUGAGCUCUCCCCGUUGCCAGUCACCAACAUCAGUAGCUAAGCAGGGCUGCCAAAGUCCUAAACUGGCCAGACUUCACCAGCAAGUCACCCAGUUCAAGCUGCUGAAACUCGCUCAGAAUCAAGCAUCACCACCAGGCCGGACCAGGUCCCCUCUGGGGACCAGCCUCCGCUCCCUGCAGGCUGUUAGGAACAGCCGAAGUCUGGACACUGACGACUGCCUAUCUGCUGACCAAAUCACUUACCCACCAUCCGCGCCCAUGAACCUCAACUUGUACUCAGUGAGAGACUCCUCAGACAGGACGCCGGCCGGGCUGAGGUCUCAGUCUCUCAGCCCCCGCAGGAUCCCCAACCCUGCUAAGGGGUCCCCGUCUGUUCAUGGGCGCGCGUGUGCCUCACCUGACAGGUCGACCAGCGAAGCUUGGGGCAGAAAUGUUCCUUUCACUCAAAGGUGA